ACCACCCAUUUACAGGAACCAGCAGAUCGUCUUCUAUUAGAAACACUGGGGGCGGAGCUUAAUAAGAAACUGUUUUGAUUCACUGCUUUCACUUUGUCACACGACUGGAAAAACACAGAGCUUCACAAAACUAAACAGUUCAUUUCUCUGGAGGAUUUUGUAAAUGGAUUUUCAACCUAAUGUGUGGUAACAAAGUGAGUAAAAUGGAAAAAGUCUACAACCUGAAGGAUAAAACCCUAAAAUUUGUGGAUGGAGAGGAUGAAUUAGACUUUCUCUACGAAGGUUUUGACUCUCCCAGAGCAGAGAUGUCCUGUGGUCACGCUGUGACUCCCAUGUCUCUCACCAACUGGUGCCGCUUGAUCCUAGAAAAGGGGGACAGCAGGUUUGUUUGUGGGGUGUGGGACUGUGAUGAGGAGUGGUCUUAUGAGGAGGUCUGUAAAAUGGCUCUGCUGACUCCUGAGGAGAAGGAGUAUUUUGAAACAACCAUGAAGAUCAUCGCUGACAGAGAACGCUUGAAAAAUACUAAAUUAUGUCCUGAAUGUAAAGUCCCCGUGAUGAGGACAGAUGAGUCCAACCUGAGAGUAUGUUGCCAGGUUUGCUCAAAAAAGAAAAGAAGAGACUUUGAUUUCUGCUGGCAGUGUCUGAAUGAGUGGAAGGGUCCACAGCCACGCUCAGACCGCUGUGAGAAUGACGGCUGCUUCAGUGAAGCUCUGAGAACUUUGAGGAACUGCCCAGAAAUCGACUUUGAAUCUGUGGACGUCAUCGGGUGUCCUUCUAUCCGGGCCUGUCCCACCUGUGGAUCUCUGCUGGAGCACAGCUCACUGGAGUGUAAAAAUGUCUUUUGUCCUCGAUGCAGAGUGGAGUUCUGCUUUGUUUGUCUUAAAAUCACAGAAGAAUGUUUGGAAACGAGCGCUCAUUUUGAUCCGUGCUCAGAUGGUGUGGCCCCCAGACAAACCUCCAUCCCUGUGUGGCGUCGGUGAUAAACUCUGGACUCUGCAUCUUUUUUUCAUACAAUUAAAUAAAAUGUAUUUAUUUAUGGUUGGUCGUUAAUUAUUUCCACUGGAACUUGAAAAAAACAGCAAACGGAUGUUACAUAGAGCCACAUUUUACAUCAAUCAUAACAUUAAAGAGACAUUGUGAAGAAAACAAUACUUAAAAACUAUUUUGACAGGUAGAAGAGAAGAAAAAUGAAAGAAAAAAGGUUUAAUUUUAUAGUACAUUAUCCACAGCUGAAAAGAAAAAAAUAUAUGAAAUGCUGUAGCAGCUGUAAAUUUGUGGUAGGACACAGUUUUACCUUUUAUGUUAAUUUUCUUACAAGAAAAUAUUCAAUUCAUAACUGACCCCUGAAAUAACCAUUUAAUAAUAA